UUUUAUUGUCAAUAUGUUUGGAAUUCUUUUUCGUCAAUUUAAAAUGCAAUAAACUAAUUGUUUAAUAAAAAUUUUGAGUUUCGAAAUAUAAACAACGAAGUAGUUUCGCCAAAAACCCAUAACUUUUCGGUUUAACGCAAACUAUACGGAUACCAAAUUCGAUAAUGUCAAAGCAACAGCUAACGGCAUCAAAUGAUUUAAAUGGAAAAGCAAAAGUGGAAAAUAAAACCAAUACUCAAAAUUCGAAAUUUUCAACGGCAAAACUUCAAUACACAUUCUACCAGCCGCAUUUGUCUCAACCACCAACAGACUAUAUGUUUCUCGAUGACAAUCCAAUGCUGAAAACUACACAACAACUGCAAACUACAACAAAAGUUGAGCAGAAACCAGGAACAAAUGCUAAUAUACAACUGACGCCUAAUAAGCAACGUCUUGAGAGUGGUGCUUCCCGUAAAGAUUCCUACGACUUAAGUGCAGACAAUCCGGUAUUGUCUGUGAAGAGUAAACUGAUGGAAGACUGGGAGGUAUGUCAAACGCAAGAAAAAGAGUCGAAUGAGUCGGUAAGAGGUUCAUUUGAGCAGAUGGAGCAGUCCAGUCCUCGACGAUGCUCGCUAGAAGGUAAAUUUAUACCCCAGACAAACAAUACACCGCCGAGCAAAACGAAAGCAACACUCAUUGAACGCGGUUAUUUGCUUUGGCAACUACAAAAAACCGGUGACGAAGUCGAUCAUUUAGAAACGAUCAUGCAACGGACGGUGGAACGAAAACUGUUGAAAACGGAAACCGAAAAUACAACUCUGGAACGUAAAGUCUGAAUCCACGAAAAUGAAAAAUGUAUUUCAGAAGA